GCCUCCCGGCGGGGCAUGCUGUAAGUGGAAGCCGUCCGGCUGCGCGAUGCAUUGUGGGCGUUAUUGAGGAAGUAAAAUGGCGGACCUAGCGAACGAAGAAAAACCUGCCAUUGCUCCACCUGUUUUUGUAUUUCAGAAGGAUAAAGCACAGAAGUCCCCUGCAGAGCAAAAAGGUUUGUCGGAUUCAGGCGAACACUCCCAGGGAGAGGUUGAGCCCCCCCACCAUGGUCUGAGUCACAAAGAAUCAGCUGGUGAGCGCGACUCUGAGCACCCUGCUCCCGCUGUUGCCUCAGUCAGUGCUACCCUGAGUCCCGCUUCUGAAGCCCAGCUUGCUCCUAUUCAACAAGAACUGGCAGGGAGAUCAGCAGAUGGAUCAAGUCCAGAAGAUGGAGAUGAAUCUGAUCGAGAGGAUGGGAGCUACUGUCCACCUGUAAAGCGUGAGAGAACUUCAUCCUUAACUCAGUUUCCUCCUUCUCAGUCAGUAACAAAGAACAACGUCUUUAUGCCAUCAAGCUUCUGUGAACCCUCUGCGGGCAAUUCUGACUCAGAACCAGAGGAAAAGAGCAGUGGAUUCCGGCUGAAGCCACCAAUACUUAUCCAUGGUCAGGCACCUAGUGCAGGUCUCCCUAGCCAGAAACCGAAGGAGCAGCAGCGAAGUGUGCUACGUCCAGCAGUAUUACAAGCACCACAGCCAAAAGCUUUUUCACAGAUGGUUCUCAGCAGUGGCACCAAUGGUGUAAAUAUCCCUCCAGAUUCUGCUGCCACAUCAGAAUCGCUAAGUAACGCAACACCGAAAAGUUCUGGCUCUGAAGACAAGGCAGGAGAAUGUCAGAAAAAAGAGCCCAAUAGUACUUCAGAUGAUGACAACUGUGAGAAGACAGAACUAAAUGCACAGCAAGCGUUUGUAUUUGGGCAAAACUUAAGAGAUAGAGUUAAGCUAGGAGAUGAAAGCGAUGAAACAGCCGAUGUGCGGAAUGCUGGCCUUCCUACAUCAGACAUACCUUCUGCAACAAAUUAUUUUCUACAGUACAUCAGUUCCAGUGUAGAGAACUCUACAAACAGUGCAGAUGCAUCCAGCAACAAGUUUGUUUUUGGACAGAACAUGAGUGAGCGAGUCCUAAGUCCACCAAAAUCAAAUGAAGGUAGUACAGAGAGUAAUAAGGAGAAUGCUGCUACAGAGUCUGGGUCUGAAUCCUCUUCUCAGGAAGCCACACCAGAGAAAGCUAAUAAUAUUUCAGAAUCACUGGCAGAGUCUGCAGCAGCCUAUACUAAAGCAACAGCAAGGAAGUGUUUAUUAGCGAAGGUAGAAGUGAUUACUGGGGAGGAAGCCGAAAGUAAUGUGUUACAGAUUCAGUGCAAGCUGUUUGUAUUUGAUAAAAACUCUCAGUCUUGGGUGGAAAGAGGUCGAGGACUUCUGAGACUCAAUGAUAUGGCCUCAACAGAUGAUGGAACAUUACAGUCUCGGCUAGUGAUGAGGACUCAGGGGAGUCUCAGGCUAAUCUUAAAUACCAAGCUCUGGGCUCAGAUGCAGAUCGAUAAAGCCAGUGAGAAGAGUAUCCGGAUCACCGCCAUGGAUACAGAGGACCAGGGAGUUAAAGUUUUUCUUAUAUCAGCAAGUUCUAAAGAUACAGGGCAGCUGUAUGCUGCGUUACACCAUCGGAUCUUGGCCUUGCGGAGUAGAGUGGAACAAGAGCAAGAAGUCAAGAAUCUAGCGCCUGAGCCAGAGGUAACACAAUCAAAUGAGGAAGACAGUGAUGAUGACGUCAUUGCACCUUCAGGAUCAGUUGGAAGUGGUCCUAAUGAUGAAGGUGACGGGCAGAACGUUGGCAGCACAUAGCAGAUGUGAGCCGAUCUGCUUGCAAGGCUGCUAUGAACACCCUCUUGCAGGCAUCUCUGGAUACACCAGGCCAGCUAUUAUUUCAGGCAGUGUUGAAGGCUCCAGGACUUAUGAACUGUGCAUCCCUGUUCUGUUUGUUUGAUUUUUUGGUCUGGAUCAGUAGAUUCCACACAAAAAAAGCAGACUUGGAAACUACCUGAAUGUGGUUUGGGACGUGAAAGCUCAUCAUAUUGAUGAGCCAAAAAAAAACAACCCCCAACAACAACAACAAAAACAAACAAACAACAAACAAACAACAAACAUUUCCCCUCUUCCUUGUAAUUGAAAUGGCACAUUACAGCUUGUCACAGCUUUUCAUUGGGACCUUUUGACUGUUUCUUCAGUAGUUCAUGUCUUGCAGGCCUCCGAGAUAGAACUUUCCGACACGGUUCCAACACGAAUUCUGCUUUCUAACCCCUACUCCCCCUUAAGAGUUUCUGCCACCUGCAGGGAAAACCGUGUCCUCACCAAUUGCUAGGGUCACUGGCUGUCCUCUCGGGUUCAUUCUCCUUUUGGACUUUGAAUCCCAACGCAGGUUGUGGACACCGUUGUUCCCUGUCUAGUGGGUCUUUAAACAGAAAGAAACAAAACAUUGUGGUUCACCAGAAAAGCUUUUUUUUUUGAUGCGGUAAUAAGACACUUCAGAGUCCACAGGAUGUUUUACUAACUCCUUUUCUUUCUUCCCAUUUCAUUAUUAUUAUUUGGGGAUUUAUAUUGUGGUGAUACUUUUUUAUUUUAGUUUUUCAAUAAGAUGCUCUUGUGUGUUGAAAAAGUGAAACUAUUGUUUUGUACUGUUCUUUUCUGUUACUAUUUAAGGGAGAGCUAAGCCACUAUAUAUAAUAGAUGUUGCAUACAAUUUUUCUUAGAAAAUUAUAUGUUUCUGUGGCUACAGUAAAGUGUAGGAGGCAUACAGGUUACACCUUCAGAAAAGUUGAUGAGGGAACAGCUGUUAGCCCUUGGAAGAAUAAAAUAGGCUCAUGUAAUGAGCUCUGUCAGCCAUUAAAAUAAAACUGUAUAAUAAAGCAGCUCUCAUUUAAUGGCUUGAUUCAACAAGCCAUUUAAGCACUUGCCUGACUUAACUACAUGUGAAUAAUCUUACUGAAGUCAAUGCAACUAUUCACGCUUAAAGUUGAGUACAUUUUUAAAUAUCUUGCUGAAUUAACGGCCUUAAAUAGAAAAUUAACUUCUAACUCUUCCUGUCCCUGUUCUGUUUCCUAAAGUCUUGCAGCAUGAAGAAAAAGGUUAUAUUGCCAGCUUUGAAUAGUGUGGGCUGAAGGAUAUUGUAUUCUGUUCCACCAAAAUAAAAGCAAGAACGUGUUUUCCUGUGUGUAAUUCUGAAGUACUCCUACUGUAACCAUAACUCACUUUUUGCUUUGGAAGUUUUCUAAUAAUUCAGGCCUUCUGUGUGAAAUUUGAGUUUCGUUUUUAAAACAUAUGGUAUAUUCUUGUCCAGCAAAGUUGGAAUUUGGUAGUCACUAAGAACAGUGACCAGAUCGCUUUCCCUAUAAAUUCCCUGAACUGUCCUAUUUCUUUUAUAUGUAGUUUACUGAUAGAUAACUUCUCACUUGCUCUUUCUCCUGUAGGUCAAGGAGGUCUAAAAUGCACUAUUUAAAAGAAAAUUAAAGGGGAAAAAGCAUUUAAUGUAGCCUGAAUUGAAAGUGAAAACCCAAGUUGUAGCACAAAAGCAACUCUGAAAUUAUUCCAGUGGCAGAACAGUCCUUAUUGCCUCUAUUGUUGUGAAACAUGCUUUUUGUCACUGGGAGUCAAGAACAUGUUUUUACCUCUUGUCCGUCGUUAACCAUUGUGGGGACGUAAGCUGUUGGGGCAGUGGGGUGCUUUGCUUUUCCUGACAGACUGUUGAAGGAACAUCUUGGAUUGCUUUUCUGGGGGGUGAAAAGGGCUAAUGACUAGCUGUGCCACUGCAUUUGUGAUUUCUCUGGAUUGUCUGUUCAUGCCUCUUUGCAUUUUGGGUUUUUUUUUUCUCCUUAGAGUUAUGGGGGUUUCUAACCAUGCACAAACCUAUUGAUGCCCCCCUCUCAUGCAGCUCACUAACAGAAGCAUAGCAUGUUUCUUAAUACCCACCCACACAAUUGUUUCUGCAUCACAAGGUCUGGAGAACUUCUGUAUUUUUAAAUAAGUGAUCUGCUUUUUGGAUCUUGGAUCUUUUUACAUUGAGAUACUCAGUUUUAAACUACUCUUUUCAAACAACUGUGCAGCAUAUAAAGCUUCUAAUUGUCAGCAUAAAGAAAAUUAAUAAUGUAUCUUCGUCAGCAGGACCUACUUGUAGAGAAACAGGUGUUAUUUCUGGGUCUCAGACUCCACGGGGUCUAUGCAGAGUCUCACUUUGAGGUGCUUUACCUAAAAUGAAAUUGAUGGUGCAAGAAAUUCAGAAAAAUGGAAUAAGCAUGCUUGCUUUGAUGGGGUUUCGUGGUGGUACACAGUCGCCUACAGCAUUCUAAAAAAAUCUAGCAACUAUUUACUGAUACAGAUUUUAUUUCAGCUGGAAGCUUUGCAUAUAUGUCUGUAGUGAAGAGGAAGAGAUUAAUGUGAACCACUACCAGAAUUGGCCAUAGACUGAGUUCAGGCCCUGCCUAGCAAGAUGUAGUUAGGCCAAAGCAAAACUCUUAUUUCAUUUUCUUCUUUAAGCCUUAGUAAACUAGUGACAGGUAAAACAAGAUAAUGCCCAUGUGUUUUAAAAGAAUUAUGUAAGACUGUCAUAUCAAAAUAUAUGUGGGAACUACAUUAAAGCUUUUAUCAGAACACAAGCAAACAAAACACAGAAUCACAUCCUGCGUUGUAUUUCCUGUGCUGGGCAAUGGCUGCUAGAAGGGAGGGUGGUGACGGCCAGCUUUGCCUUCUUACAACGAUCUUCCCCUUGCACCACCCUCCUGCUGCAUCUUUGCCCUUAGGUCUGUUGUUAACACAUGGAUGUUGUUAGCAAUUACUGUCUCUUGGUUCUGGCUGCUGAGUGAUGUGGGCACAGCCUUUCAAAUAUUCCAGGAAAAAAGAUACUGAAGAGUGUAAUAAAGCUGGGCACACCUGAUAGGGAAAAUGUUGCAGGAAUGGUGGUGUUACUAAACCAGAAGUAAAUCUCUUAUCCAUAAAACUAAAAAUAAGAUUACACCCGCAGGAAAUACAAACAUUAAGGUAUGAAAAUGUGUAGUUACAUCUUUCUGUAGUCCAGUUCCCAGUGUGUGAGGCACUACUUCAGAGAAGACAGGACGGGAAAAGGUCUAAAUAGACUAGUCCUCAGCAGUCCUCCACCGAAACCAGGCUGGGCAGAUGUCAAAACUGCUAGACACCUGCAGGAAUGAAAAAAACCUUCCAACUUCAUAGUGACUCUCCCCCUGUUCCCAGUCACUGAGGUAUCAGCUCCAUUGCUUAGGUAUUGCCACCACUAAGUGACUGUCCCUAAUGCGUCCCAUUCCGCAGUCUGACUGGCCUCUUGUUCUCCUGGUGAGUGUAGAAAAUGGUUUAUUUCCUUUCUAGAAACAUGUUACAUAUUUGAAAAUUUACCAUGUUUCCCCAUAAUCUUCUCUAGUUUUAGGAAUUCCAAUUAUGAUAACUGCCAUAAUUUGUCAUGCAAGAUUUCAUUAAACUGACUUUUCACUGUG